GCUCUUGAGAAUCCAUUCUACAACAAGUAAACUUUUUCUACUGUACAAAACAUAGUUGCUUUUAAGAUGCCUCUUUCUUCUCAUCUUUCUUGCUCAUAUCAUUCUUUUCUUUUCUGUGUUGAAGCUUCUCUUUGCUCUGCAUAUUCUGUGUAAGGCAGUUUCACUGCCUUAUUAGAUUGAGUUUGUAUACUUGUGAAUAGCAAUAGCAAGAAAGUACACAAAAUGGUGAGGGGGAAGAUUCAAAUGAAGGCAAUUGAGAACCAAAUCAGCAGGCAGGUAACCUUCUCCAAGAGGAGAAAAGGACUCUUCAAGAAAGCAAAUGAGCUUUCUGUUUUGUGUGAUGCACAAGUUGCUGCCAUAGUUUUUUCAAGUACUGGGAAAGUAUUUGAGAAUGCAAGCUGCAGCAUGAAAAGCAUUAUAGAGCGUUACAGUACAGUUUCAGGGCUUCAACUCUGCCAAAAUGAAUAUGAGUUUGCAACGUACGGAACAGAAAAUGAGAAACUUCAUGCCAAACUAAGGAAUCUGCAAGGUGAGGAUUUGGAGCUAGUGCCACUGAUUGAACUGGAUCAGCUGCAACAAACUCUUGAACUUGCUACAAGGAAAGUUAGAGAGAGAAAGGUUGAUCGGUUGGAAUACCAAUUUAAUCACACUAAAAAGAAGGUGCUUGGAUUGGAACAACAAUUUACUUUUCUCAAUCAAAAGGUUGCUGAAAACCAUUAUGACUAUGGCCAAAUAUUCUAUGGAGCAGAAGAAGUGAAUCCUAUUGGCAAUGCAUUCACUCUACCAAAAUUUUAUGUGCAACCAAUUCAGCCCAACUUGAAUAGCAGUGAAUAUGACAAAAACUAAUGGUUGAUUUCCUAGUAACAUAUAGGCCAGAAUAGAGCUUGGAAUAAAUAAGUUCAUGAUUAUAUAUGACACACCAUUAAAAGUAUUUAUUAUAGAUUUUUUCAAUUUUAAAAAUAUUAUAUUGUAUAUUUGAAUUUGUGGUUAUAUACUAAUGUUGUAUUAAUAAUAUGUUGAAUGAUAAUAAAAAGUUGAUGAAUAAUA